AUGGGCAUCCAUCACGCAUUGCUUUACUUCGCCAAUCGUCUGCUUCCACACCAGCGCUCGGGAGCAAUGUCGAGCCUCAUAAAGUGUGUGAACAGCAUAUCUGGGUUCGCGCCAGCCUCCCUAGAAGGACCCAGCGAGUGGAUGGGCGAAUCUAUACUUUUGGAGGAAAUCAAGGUGUUCGACCGUGAUGGACAAGCUGCUCAGGACGCUGAUGUACUAUCAGUACAGAGCCAAAUCGGCAGCGAUGGAAAAGGUGGUGAGCCAAACGAAGCAAACGAAGCAGACGCUGGCGGUAGGGCUUCAGUCACAUAUGAACCGCUGCCCGCAGAGAGCAAGCUCGACGAAGAGCUAGUGAGGAAGGUGCUAUGGGACGCGCUCGAAACAAAACAAAAACCAGACGACGCACGGGCGAAGUGCGCGAAGGAGGUGUGGGAGUUCGAGGAGUCGUUGGUGGAGAAGUGGAAAGAGGACAUCAAUAACCUGCUGCUCUUUUCAGGUCUAUUCUCUGCCGUCCUCACCAGGUUCAUUGUUCCGUUCUAUGUCGCCCUCGCCGUCACUCAAACACUCAUUUCUAUGUCCGUCCAUCUCAGUGUUGUCGCGGCCGAUGCGGGACACACCGCCAUCGCUAACUGGUUAAUCUCCCUUUCCGCCGACUCCCAGUCCUCUCCUGGACCAUCGUCCACGACCGUUGCUGUAGCCGUGCUGUGGUUUGCUGCAUUGAUUAUCAGUCUUGGUGCGGCGUCGGUGGCGAUCUCCAUUAGCCAAUGGUUGCACCACCACGUCAAUGGCACUUCCAAGGCGUCGCAGGGAAGCGUCCGUGUGUGGUUCUUCCGCCGUCGAGGAUUGACGCGCUGGGGCGUCGAACAAGCUGUAACUGUUCUUCCGCUUCUGCUGCGAUUUGCUCUUGUCCUCUUCCUUGUCGGCCUCGACAUCCUUCUAUGGACUCUCAGUACUGCAUGGUGGUUCUUCCGUUUCUGGAGAUGGACCAUGGGAAAGCUGGAGAACUCGCGGUUCAAUCCUAUCCACCGGCGUGUCCGCGUAGACCGUGGUCAUGAAUAUGUCAUACGCAGGAUAUGGAACUGCUGCUGUCGGAUAGAGGAAUGGCGACUCAUGCGGGAUCUGCCUCCUUUGAGCGACUGGCGAGAGCUGGAUAACUUCUGUAUGCAGACCCUGGAGGAUGACAACAAAAUCCAAAUGAGGAUGCUUGCCGAGGCCGACUCAUGUGUCAUGGACGAGUCAUUCCUCAGCACCGUCGUCCGACCUUGUCUGCAGCAAGCUGAUAUCAGCGAAGCGCUUCCUACAUUCUACAAAAUCUUGGAUCGCCGAGCGCACGAUCAUGACGAAGACAAUACGACAUUAUGGUGGGCCGCGGAGCAAGAUCAUCAAGCCGUCGGCACGUUGGGGCACAUGUCAAUCGACAUCUUCAACAAGGUCACAUCUAGCAAUAUGAACGAUAAGAAACGCGAGCAAAAGCGCAUCUUGAAGCUCGUUAAUAGUCUUCUGGGUGCCAUGCCGAGGACGAUGCCCAUGCGACGAACCUCUGACGAAGUUCGGGUCUAUAUCGCCCCGCUCGUCGUUCGUUACUAUCCGAAAUUCAACGAUGGCCACGUCGACAAAAGUGAUAUCCAGACAGUGCUCACACUCCUUCCAAUCGCUCUCAGGGAGCUCAGCAUCGUACAGUUCUUGCAAUAUGCGUCAUCUGCAUUCCAUUGGGCUGCCCGUUGUGGCAAGAUACCUGUGCCAUUCGGCAUGGAGAUGGUGGCUCAGGAAAGCAGAGAAACAGAUGCAUGGGCGCAUGCUGAUACAGUCUUCAAAGCAUGUGCGUGCCUGGCCACGCAGGACGCCAGCCUCCUCACGAAGGAUAUUGUCGACGCAUUGGCCGGAUGUGCUGCACGGUGCCCUCCGGACAAUGUCCGGCUCCUACCGAGGUUGCUUUAUACGGAGGAUGGGGAGGUGACAGUCAAGUCGCGGUCAAGAGCAGCGAGAGGGGCAUUGUGGCGUGUCGUUAUCCUGCGCACUUUAACGGCGAGACCUAUUAUCGCAAUCACAGUUUUCCGACUCCUCAUCCGAGCUGUCCAGGGGCUCGUCUUCGAUGGUCGGAUCAUCCUCUUGCGGGGGCGCACGCCGAGCACAACCAUUGCAAUGGGGGCCUUUCUCAGGUGUUAUUACUCCGUCUUCUUCGUGAACGCCAAUUCUGAAGUCUAUCUGGAAGCGUUCGAGCGACUCGGGAAGCUUGCAGAUGGCUUCGCACAGCCAUUCACAACUGAUAGAAUGCUCGUCGAGGAAUAUCGUGAGGUCUAG